AAUCCUAUAUUAUUUAUGUAUGAUCUCAGUAGUAAUUAUUUUGUUUCAUCCGAUAAUUUUUUUAAUAUUACAUUUUCCUCUCUUUUUGCAGGUAAGAGGUUUAGGUAUACAUUUAUGGACAAGAAGUAUUCACACAUUUUUGAAUCAAUUGAAGCAAUAGACAAAAUGGGUAUGAAGCUGAUUGAACAGUUAGAUCCUGAAGGCUUUGCUUCAUACUUAAAGAAAUACAGUAAUACAAUCUGUGGAAGACAUCCCAUUGCUGUUCUUCUAAAUGCCAUUGUGGCAGUAAAAGAACAGAAGAACGGAACCCAGUAUGAUAUGAAAUUCCUCCAGUACACCCAAUCCAAUAAGUGCACACAUAGCAGUGAUAGUUCCGUCAGUUACGCUUCAGCCGCCUUCACCAUGAGCUAAUACUCCUAUCUGUGUGGCGCCCUCUUUGUUUGUGUGUAGAUAAGCUGUGAACUGUGUUAGAAAGAAAAAAGGCACAGACUGUUUG